AUGUUGAUUGAAAUAUGUUUUUUUCUUUAUACUCUUCAAAUAUCUUAUACAUAUAAAACAAGUCCAACUCCAUGGUUAUGUACAGAUUCAACAAAUGAUAUAUCAAAUCCAUAUCCAUCAUGUUUACCCGGUUAUAUUAUUGAUAUUGAAAAUGUUGUAUAUGAAUCAACAAAUGAUAAUUCAUGUACUGGUUUAACAUUAUGUCAAAUAGAAAAUAAAAAUACAGUUUUAUUUGCAUGUAAUCGUAAACGAACAUGUCAUAUUGAUAUAAAUACAUUACAUUUUCAUAUUAAUUCAACAUGUCAUACAACAAAAAGAUUAUACAUUAAAUAUCGUUGUUUACCUAUUAUACAAGAACAAAAAGAUUAUUUAUGUGAAUCAUCAUCACAACGACGUAUACGUUCAGGUGAAAUUAAUUUAUCAUGUAUAAGAAAUUAUCGUUUAUAUAUAACAAAUGCAUUAAUUGGUAUUAGUAUAAAACAACAACAAGAUGAAAUAAAUAAAAGUUCUUUUAAAUGUAAUAAAGAUACACAAACAAUUUGUAAUUAUAAUAUACCAAAUGCAUAUCAUGAUGUUUGUGAUAGUCAAUUAAAAGAUGGAAGUGAUGAUCAAUGUAAAAUAAAAUAUCAUGAACGACCAACAUUAAAAGAUUGUCAACAUGGAAUGGCAUCAAAUUUUUCCAUGGUCGAAUAUUUAUGCAUACCAGAAAUAUCCGAACGUAUAUCAAUUGAUCGUGGUUUAUUACAUUCACCUAAUUAUCCUCAAUCAUUAGGUCAAUAUUUAUCAUGUAAAAAACAAUUAGUUAUUCCACGUGAAGCACGUUUACGUUUAUUUAUGCUUGAAAAAUCAAUUGAAUAUUCUCAUGAAUUAAAUAUACGGUUAUUAAAUAAUGUACGAACAUUAGUUCGUAAUGAAUUAUUAGAUAUUAAUAUAACUAGUCAAAAUAAUAAUGAAUCAGUUCAAUUUGAAUUAAAAACAAAUCAUGUUGGUGAUGGAAAAUUUUUACUUUAUUUUCAAAUUGAUUCACGUUUAUCAGAAUAUGCACCAUUUGUUCUUGAAUCUGAUAGAAAUACAAAUGAUGAUGAUCGACGUGGAAAAACAUUGUUAAAACGAGAUUGGGGAAUUAUUCUUGGAUGUAUUAUUGGUUUUAUUAUUCUUAUUCUUAUUCUUAUAGCUAUUAUAUUAACUUUAACUCGAAUCACAAAAAGUCGUCGUGCACGUGCUCGUCGAUAUUUAAAAAGUGAAGAUGAUCAUCGUCAACGACUUAAUGCACCAACAAUAUCACCUGAUCAUCGUUAUCAUGGAAAAGAUCUUCGAAUUGAACAACCAUAUUUAACAUCAUCAUCACCAAUAAUUCUUCCAUCAUCAUCAUUAACAGUUACUGGACAUAAUCGACCAAAUUCAGCAUCAUCAACAACAUCAUCAAUAAUAAUACAUCAAAUAAAUGAUGGUCUAUCUGAUCGUGAAUCUCUUAUUAAACCAAUUAAUCAAAUAGAACCACGUUCGAAUGCAACAAAUACAGAUAUUGAUAAUUUUUAUGAAGAAAUCAAAGAACAACAACAACAAACAGCUUUAGCUUUAGGAAGAAAUGAUAUUAAAGGUGAUAUAGUAAAUCCUUAUCUUGAAGCAAAAUCUUUUGAACCAAAAAAACAUCUUUUUCAAGGAAAUAAAUCUUCACAACCAAUACGUGAUCAUAAUGAGAGUGAACCACGUUAUCAACGACCAUCUCCAUCGAUUAAUACCGAAUCAUCAAAUGUUAUUAAUGAAGAAAUAAAACAUUCAAAAAAAUCACAACCACCUAUAAUUCCUCCACAAAGGAUGGAUAUAUAA